GCUGCUAUAUGCACCAGCUGAUCGCAGCAGUAAACAGUUCGGUCAUUACUGUCACUUUCUGAACCUAAAUCCGCAAGCACAGCAGCAACGGGUCACGCGCUACUGACAGGCCGCGGGAAAGUGCCGCGUGUGCAGCGGACACUGUUUGUUUUGUUUGACAGACUGCUCAGUGUCGAGGCCUACCUACGAUGCUAAGCUAACCAGCUAGCUGUCACCAUUCAUGUAAACAAGUGGUGAAGGCAGUGGACGGUCAGGGUUAGCCCCUCUCAGCCGGACGGUGAGGACAGUGCGACCGGCCUACACUCCUCCAUGUUGAGCUAAUGUCUGUUCUGGUUGUCGGAAGCCUAUGACAGUGACUUUCAGCAGCGCUCCCGGACAGCUACAAGAUGUGGAUAAAGCUGUUCUUCUUGCUCUUGUAUUUUAUGGUGUUGUUUAUGCUAGCGAGGCUCUUUGAGGCAGUGGUCUGGUAUGAGACUGGGAUGUUCUCCACCCACCUGGUGGACCCCGUGAGCCUCAGCUACAAGAAGCUGAAGACCAUCCUGGAGAGCAGGGGACUGCCUUACUCCGGCCUGGCCGAGAAGAAGGAUGUCAGCGAGCUGGUAGAGAAAUCAGGAGAGCUGACACAUGGAGAGCUGUACUCAGCCAUGAAGAAGGAGAAGGAGCAGACGGAGGCAGGAGACGGCAGCACCAUCUUCAGUGGAGAGAUGCACUUCUAUGAGUUAGUGGAGGACACUAAAGAUGGGAUAUGGCUGGUGCAGGUCAUUGCCAAGGACCGGGAGGCCCUGCUCAGUCAGUCUAACUGGGGGAAGAUGGUGCAGAAAGUGUCUCAGUUUGGGAUCAGAACUGGAACCUUCAACUGCUCUAAUGACUACAGGUCCUGUAUCAAGCGUGGCUGGCAGCGCUCCACUCUCAUCAUGUCCGUUCCUCAGACUUCAGCAUCAAAGGGCAAAGUCAUGCUUAAAGAAUACAAUGGCCGUCGCAUUGAACCUGAACACAUCUUCCGCUGGAUGACCUCACAUGUGGCUCAUCGAAUCAAAACACUGCAUCAGUCUGAGCAGCUGGUGGAGGAGUGGCGCUCUGACCCCGCCCACCCGGUGAAGAUGUUCCUGUUCGCCUGCCUGCCCCAGCCCCCCGCCUUCUUCUCUGCGCUGUCCGUCAAGUUUACUGGAAGGAUCGAGUUUGUUUUCGUGGACGUACAUCACUGGGAAAACCACAGCAGCCUAUCAGAGAUAGAUGUGACACAGAGCCCCGCCUACAUUCUCAAGAUGCCUGAGGGCAUCUAUCGCUAUGGCAGCAGUAUCGGGGAGUUCCUGUCCCUGGCUGCUAUGGAUACGUUCCUGCGCGGGGUCCAGCCGGAGGUCAACGAUCUGUUUGUCCUCAGUCUGGUCCUGAUUAACCUGCUGGCCUGGAUGGACCUCUUCAUUACACAGGGAGCAACCGUGAAAAGAUUUGUAGUUCUGAUCCGAACACUUGGAACAUACAACUCUAUACUGCUGGGGUCCUGGCUUCCUGUUCUGGCUCUCCUCCAGCUGCCCUACCUGGACUCUCUGUAUGGUUACAGUCUGAAGCUGCUCCGGUAUGCUGACACCACCACCCUGGCCAGCCUGGUGAGAGCUGACUGGACCUUCUACUCCUCCCACCCAGCUCUCUUCCUGUCCACCUACCUGGCUCACGGCCUGCUCGUCAACUACUUUGAAAAGAAACGCCGCUGUGGCGUGAGGAGCCAAGAGGACAGCACCACAAACCUGGAGUGGCUGUCCAAUCUGUGGGACUGGUACACUUCCUAUCUGCUCCACCCAAUCGCAGCGCUGCAGCAGGUCCCAUCUGACUACUCAGACUGGGAGGUCGACCCCAACUUUUUAUUAGAGCGUUUGGCUUUCCCUGAUCUCUGGCUGCGCCCAUUAGUAAACAUGGAGUAUAUUGACACCCUGCCAACCUGGAGGUUCAGAGCUGCUGGUCCGGACAGAGGAGAGGGGGGGGGUGUAAAGCUGGAUGAAGAGACAGAUAGUUCACAUUCAGACACAGAGAGCAUGAAGCAGUUGGAUGCAGUUCCCGUCAGAUCUCCAAAUAGCAGCAAGAAACACGAGAGCUCAUUGAGCAGUGAGGACAGCGGUAAACAUUUGUGUGUGCACACAAACACAGGCCCCAGCAGUAGCUGUGAGUGUGUGUGUGCUGCUGCAUCACCACUCUGCUGUCGUCAUGGGAACAGAAGCUCACCAUUAGCUGACAGGACGGUGGAGGACGGCAGCCUGACAUCCGAAGACAUCUCCAACUCUCAGCACUGUGAUUGGUCGGUGUGGCCCCGGGACGUCCUGCAGUGUCUGGAGUGUGUGGUGUGUCUGGAGAACUUUGUGAGUGAGGAGCUGCUGAUGGCCCUGCCCUGCGGCCACGUGUUCCACCAGCAGUGCAUCGUGGUGUGGCUGGCCUCCGGCAGACACUGCUGCCCGGUGUGUCGCUGGCCCAGCUACAAGAAGAAGCUGCAGGGGGCUGCAAUCAGAAGCUCCACGGGAAACACCCUGCAGGACUGAUGCAUACGUCUUACUUCGUUAGGGCUGCGUAUCGAUGUUAAAUUGAUCAGCCUAGAUAUUGUCUUACAUUUUGGCUAUGGUAAUAUCUUAUAUCGUAAUAUAUAAGUGUGUUUUCCUAGUUUGAAGGCUCUAUUGCAGGGGAAGGAUGUCAUUCUCUGAACUAAAAAGAGAUUUCAGCUGUUUACUUUACCCACUUAAUCAUUAUAACCUCAUUAUUUAUCAAAAAUGUCAUUGUGUAAAUCAUUUGUGAAGCCCCCAAUAGUCAACAGUAAAAUUGAUCGAUUUUGAAAUAUUUGGUGAAAAAUAAGGUGAUAUUUGUUUUUCUUCA